CACAUGCUCAAUCACUUUCAGAGAUAGGAGCUAAUGUAUCGUCCCUGCACUUGGCGUAAGACAGUACAGCACACAGAAUGAAGAUAAUUUUCUAUGAACUUUUUAUCCUAACAAUACUAUAUCAAAGCAAAGGCACCUUGGAAUGGCCAACUCAUACAAUAUGUAAUACAGAAGAACUGGAACUUUAUUACAAAAGCUGUGAUCCAUUGCAAGAUGUUGGGCUAAGCAUUUCACCUUGUUUGAAAAAUAUGCCAGAAUAUAUUGAUUUAAAAGUGGCAGUCAUGUUACGACAGGCAGUUCCUGAACUGUAUUUUGAUUUUGAUCUCUAUAUGGUCACACAAAAAGCACAAUUGAAACUGCUGUCAUACAGCUACCCUCUCUGUGAGCCUUCUUAUGAAAAGUUCACUUUUUGUGGAAGCAAAAAAGGAGAACUUUUGAUUUUUGAAGGUCCUGCUCGUGUCAGCAAAGUUACUCUUCUCAGUGGACAAUAUCUGGCUCCACUGAGAUUAUACAAUAAGGAUAACUUCACUAUAGCUUGUGUUAAUAUAACACUCAUUGCAAAGUAACCAUCGUUUGGAAACUGAGAAAAAAUCCUUACUGUUUUAGUUUCAGUUCUUUUAUUGGAAUGAACAAAAAUAAAAGGAAAAUUGCAAACUGUAUUUGAAAUAAUUAUGAAAGUAAGAAUGAUAUCAUUUUGCGACAUUCUUACUGGUGAGAAACUAGGAAGAGAUUUCAGUUCUCAUACUUUAUGGGAUUUGUACAAUCAUCUACCUGUGUCAUAUGCUUCACAGAAAUUAAGCAUUCCAAAGAAUGUAACGAAUUUUGUAAUGCCUGACAACUUCAAAAUAGUUCUCUACUACAUCAGUAUAAUGACAUAUACGCUUUAAUGUGCAUUAGAUAUGAGUUUUGGCUAAAUUAAACAUAAAUGUUUUCAUAAAAGAAUACUGUUAAACUUUUGUUUUCUUAAUCUUGACUUGUACAAUUCCAGAUU